UUUAAACAUUUCAGUUUGAGUUUCAUUUCACUCAGAAUUGGUAUUUUAUAUGUAUGCGUAGGGUAAAUCUUUUUAUGAGGUUCAUAAAUGAAAUGAGACAGUCCAUCAUGAGGUGAUCCACAUGCUUUCACUGCACUUCAUAGGCUUCUGUGCAUUUCUCAACUUGCAUCUGGAGGAUAUUAAGGCGAUUCAAACUGAAGGGAUCUCGUUUCGUACAGAUUCAUAAAAUCCGAGGCUUUGUUCUGGAGUUUUAUUGUGCGCGGUUGGAGUGAAAGUGUUUAAUCUGGUGGGCUUGUUGCUUCCUGUUUUUGUAUUAUUGUGGUUGCAGCUAAAAAUAUUGAGUAACUUACGUGAGAUGCAGAGACUUUAGCAUUUCCCUUUCUCUUACUCUGUCUAUUUUGGUCGUUAUCGUUGUAAACGAGGCAGAAAAUCGCUUUAAAUAGGCGCAUUUAUAUCAAUCCAUGUUAGUUUAAUGAGUCUAAAGUUUGCUAAGACUCCGUUAGCUAGCGCACUAGCACGCUACGCUAGCCGACCACCAGAAUAUCUCUACACGAUGUAAACAUACAAGAAAACACUUGACGUUUUUUAUUUUAUUUUAUUUUUUUUUUUGCUUCGAACCCGUCGGAAAACACCUCCAGGAACGACUCUGGAGAGCAAAACGCCUCUCAGAUUGUAUGUGGGAGACUUUUUUCGCUCUCUUUGGCAACUACCAGCUGGAUAUCGGAUGAGUCAAGGCAGAUUUAGUUUUAAUUUAAGCUGCUUACACACACAGUCGUCCUGCACUCUCCACAGGAUUACACUGAAGUCCAGUACCAUUUGGUAUUUAAUAUGCCUCUGUCAGGAUAUUUGCCGGAAUAUGCCGUGACGUGCCGGGCAGGCUGUGAGCGCGAACAGGAUCCCGUAAGGUAACGUUUCCCCCCCACGUCAGGACAUGGACAGCUCAGUUACCCUGUGGCAGUUCCUGCUGCAGCUUCUGUUGGAUCCCAGCAAUGACCAGCUCAUCUGCUGGACCAAUGAGGAUGGAGAGUUCAAACUGUUGCAGGCAGAAGAGGUGGCCAGAUUAUGGGGUGCCCGCAAGAACAAACCCAGCAUGAACUACGACAAACUCAGCCGGGCUCUGCGUUACUACUAUGACAAGAACAUCAUCAAAAAAGUAAACGGGCAGAAGUUUGUGUAUCGUUUUGUUUCAUACCCGGAUAUCCUUAAGGGAGAAGUCAUGGCCAGAACAGAGGGCGCAGACAGCGGCUCAAAUGCACCUCUGCCCCUCUCCGACAAACCUGCGAACAUCUCCAAGGAUAAAGACAACAAAGCCGCCCCAGACCGAGGUGCGGGGACACCGGGUCAGUCCAAAUCGUCCAGCCGGAAUGACUACAUCCACUCUGGCUUGUAUACAUCCUUCACUUUGACCUCUCUGCAGUCAGGAACGCAACUUUUUAAAUCCAUGAAGAUUGAAAACCCAGGAGAAAAGCUAAUGGAGAAAAAGGCAGCCCAGGAGUCACCCCAGCCACCCACCGUCAUUAAAUUCGGGACUAUGCCACAGAACAGACACACAGCUCUGUCUCUUAUAGGGAAGUCUGAACCUCCGGCACAGCCCGCUCAAGCCCCACUUGAACCUGAGGCCAGACAGACAGCCGUCUCACAUGUAGUCUGUGCGUUUGUGGAGAAUCCCACCUCCGAGAAUGCCAUGACAGGCUUCCCGCUCUCAAGAGUCUCCAAAUCGCCACUCGCUCGUUCUCAGUCGCCUUCCUCUUCUCCCAUGACGGAUUCCCAGGAGCUGGUGAUUGACAGUGAAAUCGAGUCCCUCUCCUCACAGCCUUCAGAGUUACAUCUGCAGGACCAGCCCAGCUGUGUUUCCAAGGACAUAGCACUAGUUUCUGAGAUGUCUGAAUCUCCACCACGCAAUCUCAGCGGAAAGUCUAAGAAACCCAAAGGCUUGGAGUUGAUGCCCACGCUGGUGGUGACCAGCUCUGACCUCAGCCCUCUCAAUCUGUCCAGUCCAUCCCUCCCUACGGCCUUGCUGCAGACACCCCUGCUGCUCACGCCCAGUCCGCUUCUCUCCAAUAUCCAUUUCUGGAGCACACUCAGUCCGGUGGCGCCCCUCAGUCCUGCCCGGAGACAGGGCGCGCAUACCCUCUUCCAGUUUCCUUCUGUCCUGAGUUCCACGCAGUUCUCUGUUCCCGUGUAUAAUUUAGACGGCACCAACACACCCGGCCCUCUUUCACCCGACCCACAGAAGACCUAAGAGGGGGACAAAGAUCGACACAAUUCAUCUUUGCCUCACAUUUUUGAUUGAUAAACGCAAAUUAACCUCAUUCUGUUCACCUGAUCUGGCAACCUUCAGGUAACGAAGAUUUACGACCACCAUUUAAGCGUCAAAGAGCAUUCGUUUGGCUCUUGAACCUUUGUGAUGUCACAGAUACUUUUCCUUACGGAUGUAUAUCAAGCCAUCAGAGAAAUCAUUGGUUUCUAUUUUUUAAUGCGCUGGUCUUCAGGGAUUGGCUAAAGCAGAUCUGCACAACUGCCAAAAUAGGAGUUUAUCGAAAACAGCCAUUGUUUGAUUGGUAGAUUAGAAUCCGGAUUGAAUUUCCUUGUGUUUUGUUUCUCAUGGAGCUUAAGACUUCGAUCGGACGCAAAGAGAUUCACGUCAUGAUGUGUUUGUACAGCAAGAUCCUCCUUCUGCAUUGGAUAAAGGAGGGAUCGUAUUGUACAUAAUCCAACAAGCUCACCUCGUCUCAACUCAUGUUUGCCUUUUGUUUGGGAAGUCCUCAAACAAACCUGCCUUGCCAAGCUAAACCGCCCCUUUGCCUUGUGAUUUUGAUAAUGGUGACCUCUGUUUUAUCUCGUACCUUUCCUCAUGCUGCACUUACUGCCAUGUAUUUAAAGUGUUCUGUCACAAUAAUCGCUCAAACAGCACUUAGAUGAAAACAAGCUGCACUUACUAGCGCUUUUGCGCCUUUUCAUGUUUACUAGCCAUACAGAUAUCAAGUGGUGAACUAGUCGGGUUAUUUUACAAAGCUACACUACCAGUCAAAAGUUUUUGAACGGUAAGAGUUUUAAUGUUUUUCAAAUAAAUCUUUUCUGCUUACCAAGCCUGCAUUUAUUUGAUCCAAAGUACAGCAAAAACAGAUAAACUUUGAAAUAUUUUUACUAUUUAAAGUAACUGUUUUCUAGUUGAAUAUAUUUUAAAAUGUAAUUUAUUCCUGUGAUUUCAAAGCUGAAUUUUUAGCAUCAUUACUCCAGUCACAUGAUCAUUCUAAAAUUCUGAUUUGCUGUGCAAAAAACAUUUAUUUUUAUUAUUAUUUUGUUGGAAACAGCUGAGUAGAUUUUUUCAGGUUUCUUUGAUUAAUCCUUGCUAAAUAAAAGUAUUAACUUCAAAAAAAAAAUCUCAAAAAAAAAAAAAAAAAUGACACAGACUCCAAGUUUUUAAUUUCAGAUAAAUGCUGAUCUUGGAAUCUUUCUAUUCAUCAUCCUGAAAAAAAAAUGUACUCAACUGUUUUAAAUAUUGAUAAUAAUAAUAAUAAUAAUAAUAAUAAAUAUUUCUUGAACAGCAAAUCAGCAUAUUAAAAUGAUUUCUCAAGGAACUGGCACUGAAGACUGGAGUAAUGCUAAAAAUUUAGCUAUAUUCAAAUAUUCAAUUAAAAGUGAUUUUAAAGAGCAAAAAUAUUUAUUUAUUUUUUUUUUGUACUGUUUUUGCUGUACUUUGGCUUGGUGAGCAGAAGAGACUUCUUUAAAAACAUUAAAAAUCUUUUGACUGGUAGUGUAAACUGGGAUGUGGUUUGUGUACAGACCAAAUUUCCUUCCAUUGUGUCUAUAUUUGCAAUUUAAUGCAUCAUCUAGUAAAGCUAGCUGGUGCAACCCUCAAAAACGUUCCUUAAGAGCCACAUGAACACAAUCACUUGCAGUCAGAAUUGGCAGAGGUCAAGCUGAUUUGGGAUAGUUCACUAAAAAUGAAAAUUCACGUUGUUUGAAAACUGCAUGUCUUUCCUUUUACUAAGGAACGCAAUCUUUUGGAGACAAAACAACAUUGGACACCAUUGAUCAUCACAGUGAGACAUAAGAUGGUUUGGAACAACGUGAUAUUUCAUUCAUCUUUAUGAAGAUUGAGACUAACCCUCAACGUCGGAAAACGCAUUUUAAAGUGACGUCUUAAAACACAAACCCCAACUUUUCUGGUCCUUCGACCAUGAUGCACAUUUUUAAGAGGGCAUUUAGUAGGCCAAAUUGGCGUUGUCCUCGUUGCAAUGCUUGAUGGCGACUGUCUAAUGGAGCGUGUUUCCAAACACGCCCCAGCGCCAUUGAACCAUGACCGUAACGCCACCAGAUACGCCGCUGUGGCCAUGCUUAUCAUGCAGAUCUUUUCACAGAAACCAUUUCCCCUCUCUAAAAGACUGGAAGCCAUUAGGAACGAUUUCAGUUGAGUGGGAAAAACCCAAGGACUUGCUUUACUCCAAUAGACUGCCGAUUCACCAUUAAGCUAAUGGAGCGUACACGGCAUAAAAUGGAAUGGAACGGCACCGGCUCGGUGCUUAAAGCCUCAUCCCACCAUUAGGAUUGGUGGAGAUCGGUUGGAUGUGUAGUGUAACUGGAUGGCUGUCUGUAGAGCCCAGGCCAAAUGCUCAAAACCAUUCCUGCUUUUGUCAGCUUUCCCGGUGUUGUGCAAGAUUCAGUCCCUUUGCAGAAUACAAUCUACCCUGGACAACGAGGCAAAACUGUUUUUAAUGCCCAGUCAGAAGUGUCUGUCCUUGUUGUAGCUGGUUAGAACGGUCCAGUUAAACCCUGCUGGUAGAUUAAACCACAUUUUUGAUGGUCAUACGAAACUGGCAUGUGUAUUUGAAGGCAACAAAUAAGGGAACCCUGGAUAUUAAGACUUGUAUAGCUUAAUAUAGCUUAAAUGAUGUCUUUUACUAAAAUAUGUGACCCUGGACCACAAAACCAGUCUAAGUAGCAUGUGUAUAUUUGUUGCAAUAGCCAACAAUACAUUGUAUGCGUCAAAAUUAUCGAUUGUCAAAAAUCAUUAGGGUAUUAAGUAAAGAUCAUGUUCCAUGAGAACAUUUUGGAAAUUUCCUAUCGUAAAUAUCUCAAAACCUAAUUUUUCAUUUGUAAUAUGCAUUGCCAAGAACUUAAUUUGGACAACUUUAAAGGCAAUUUUCUCAAUAUUUUAAUUUUUUUGCACCUCAGUUUCCAGUUUUUUAAAUGGUUGUAUCUCGACCUAAUAUUGUCCUAUCCUAACAAACCAUAUGACAAUAGAAAGCUUAUUUAUUCAGCUUUCAGGGUCAUAUAUGUAGUAGAAAACCCAUGAAAGAUGUAAGUUUUUUUUUUUUUAAAUUACACAUUGUUUUGUAGUAUUUUAGACUAUGGGGGCGCCAUUAUUUUGAUGACGUCAAAUGGUUGCACUCUGUGAGUUACUGGCACUACCUGUUGCUAUUUUUACUGCAAAACAACUCGAAAUGCACAGUUUGGAAAAUAAAAUACUGAUACAAUGCCACGUUGUGUGGCUUUUGGUUGUAAUUUUUAGUCGGAGAACGACAAGACAAACCAUGCAAGUCUUCACUGCUUUCCUAGCGAUACGAAGAGGAGAAAAUAAUGAAUAAAACUUCUAAAGACCUGCGUCUUUGUUCUCUCCACUUAAGCCCUGAUCCCUUUGAGGCUUUUAGUAGAGCACAGCUACUGAAAGAGCUUACAAAUGGCAGAGACAAGAAACGCUAGAUGCCAUCCUGGCAGGGUGUAAACAUGGCGACGCUUGUCAUGACACCGCAGCCAUCGAAGGAGUUUCUCAGCAUGGAUUUCACUCGAUAUCUGGGGACAUUUAGACACCUUAUGAAAAUCAAUGGUAUCUUUCAGUAGCUGUGCUCAUUUUAUUUUCCAAGUUACGUUGCGGUAAAAAUAGCAACAGGUAGCGCCAGUGGCCCACAGAGUGCACAGAGCGCCCCCCAUAGUCCAAAAUAUGUAUAAAAUGAAUUAGGUUUAUUUUAAAUAACGUAAAUCUUUCAUACACUGUAAAAAGUUUUCACCAGUUUCAACUUAAAAACUUACGUUUAGCAGCUGUCUCGAAAUUUUAAGUUAAAUCAACUUUAAAUUUUAAGUUAUUUCAACUCACAGGUUAAAUCAACUUAAAAGUACAAGUAAUUUUAACUCAUUAUAUUGUAAUGAGUUAAAAUGACGUAGUUUUAAGUUGAUUUAACUUAAAAUUUUAAGGUAGCUGUUGAACUUAAGUUUUUAAGUUGAAAUGGGUGAAAACGUUUUACAGUUUAGAUUUUCUACUACAUAUUUCAGUAAGAGACAUCAUUUACAUUUUAUUAAGCCAUACAAGUCUAUCAAGGGUUCCUUUUAAAGUUUAGGGUCAGUAAGAUUAUUUUUUUAAAAAUAAAUUUAAUUUAAUUUUAACAUUUUAUUGUAAUGAGUUAAAAUGACUUGUAGUUUUAAGUUGCUUUAACUUAAAUGUUUAAGGCAGCUGUUGAACUUAAGUUUUUAAGAUGAAACUGGUGAAAACAUUUUACAAUUUACAUUUCAGUAAGAGACAUCAUGUACGUUUUAAGCCAUACAAGUCUACCCAGGGUUCCUUUUAAAGUCUGGAGUCAGUAAGAUUGUUUUUUUUGAAAGAAAUUUAAUUUAAUUGUAACAUUUUAUUGUAAUAAGUUAAAAUAACUUGUUUUAAGUUGAUUUAACUUAAAAUUUUAACACAGCUGCUAAACGUUUUUAAGUUUAAACUGGUCAAAACUUUUUACAGUGUAGGUUUUCUACUACAUAUUUCAGUAAGAGACAUCAUUUACGUUUUAUUAAGCCAUACAAGUCUACCCAGGGUUCCUUUUAAAGUCUGUUAAUAAUAAGAAAUGCCAGUUUGAACUAUAUUAGCAUAUUAGAAUGAUUUCUGAAGGAUCAUGUGACGCUGAAGACUGGAGUAAUGAUGCUGAAAAUUCAGCUUUGCAUCACAAGAAUAAAUUACAUUUUAAAAUGUAUUCAAAUAGAAAACAGCUAUUAUAAAUUAUAAUAAUAUUUCACAAUUUUACAGUUUUUUUUUUUUGCCUUAAUUUUGGUCAAAUAAAUAAAACAUUGGUGAGCAUAAGAGACUUACUUCAGAAAUUGAUUUAUUUAACACUAAUUAUUAAGUAGUGUUUCUGAUCAGGCAUUAUAUGGAAUAUAACAAGUCCUGGAAUUAUUUUAGUGUCCAGUGGGCUUUGUAUUCUGAAUGAGAAUUAAAUAUUGCACAAUGCCGCCGCUAAACAUCUGAACCAAAAUCUGCAGUCCUCAUUUGAUGUCAAUGCAGUAUCGUGGUGUUUUUAUGGAGCGUUUGGCUUUUUUACGUCUUCAUUUAUAAACCAAUAUAGAAAAUGAAUGCCCAUAUGUUGCACAACAUAAAACCCUACCUCUAAGAGUCUUAAACUCAACAAGCCAUGAUUUAUAACUGACAUGCAUUAGAUGCAAAACUGGAAAAAGGCUUAAAUGCUGACAUUCAAUUUGCAGAAACUGAGCUCUGUUAGUCCCUCCCUGUAGGACCACUUAAAGUGCAAUGACUAAAAUAGAAAGGGAUAAAAAUACAUAUGUAUAUAAAAACAGAAACUGUUCAGCAUCUCAAAUUCAGCUCUCAGGUAUUGUAUAAUUACCCACAGUCCUUAUCCUUUCACAAAACGCUAUGUUCAUACGCGUAGAAACUGCUCUUUCACACCCAUGCUAACAUGGUGCCUUCUAGUCCUGUUGUCUGUUGCAGUAAAAUGAAAAUAGGCAACAGUUUUGUUAAUUGUUUCUAUUCUGAAUAGCUAUGUUUUAUCCUUUGGUAACAAAAAAAGGAAAAACUUUUAGCUAUUUACAAGAUUGUUCUGGUUUAAAUAUGGCUUUUGACAGCAUUCGUGAGCACAGAAGAAAAUUAAUUCAAUUAAUUGAUUCAAUUAAUUGACCCAAACAAAUUGUUGUAUUUGUUUACAUUUUUUUUUUUGCUGUACUUAACCCAGAACAUUCCUUCAGCAUGAUAUCAUAAACAUAAAUAAUAAAAGCUAGAAUCUGUAUUCAGAUCUAGUAGAAAACAGAUCAAAUUAAAUAUUAAUGAUUUAUUCAUACUUUCAAGUACUGUCGGGUUAAUAUUAUUAGUCUGUGUAAAUCAAGCAUAGGGAUAUUUGAUUCCUUUUAAUAGCUGCCCUUGUACAUUUUAGUUUUUUUACUGUUGUUUCAAACCUGCAUGACAAAAAUAAGAUGUUUUGCAGAAUGUCUUUUCCAUACGAAAAAAGCUAACUAAUUUAUAAUUCAAUAGUUUUUUCUGAAGCCAUACAGUUUUGUGACUGAAAUUUCAGGCUGAAUUUUCUCCAAAGAUUUGAACCGUGAACUACUUUUCAUAUAACACUAUAAAUUAAAUUUAUGGUGCUUUUGUGCUAAGAGCAGCUCAGACAUUGUGCAAAAUAUCUCCUUUUUUGUUUUUCCAUGGAAAAAAGGAAUUCAUUUUAAUUUUAGGCGAGUUUUAAAAUAGUUCAGAUGAUUCAUUGUACAUACAGUAAGAUGUGAUGGGGUGUCAGUAGCAUUGUGCUGUUGUUUUGUAGUAUUUUCACUUUGACCUGUUUUCCUAAGGUCCUACAGUGCGACGCGUCUUCAUUUGCAUUCCUGCAGAAUUCAGACUGUGUUUGAUUGCUCUUGCCUGUAUCGUGAGCACUGCACAUGCAAUUGCCUUCUCAUCGAGGGGAUAUUGAGUUGCUUAAUGCCUUUUACAUUUUGAAUGAUGGAUUUUGUGCAGUGUGCAAUGUGACUUUUUUUUUUAAACCUGUUUCCAUUAUUUUCGUUAAAUGCUCUCCUACCCACUUAGUGGAUUUCUUUUCUGUUUGUGGGAGAACAAGCAGCUCAGUUUGGCUGCAUUUAUUUUUACUUCAUUAAAUAGUCAAUUGUUUUGUUUCUAUGUCUAAAAUUUAAAUUUCUCCCUGUAAUGGAUAAAAUGGGUUGUCAUAUAUGUUUAGCUGUUAAGCAGUCAUGUCUUAUGUUUUGUUUCUUCUUUGUUUGAGUUUGGUUUUCUUCCAAACACAUUUAGCUAUUGUAGCCAUGCUGAACAUCUGUUGUAUUUUAAUGCAAGUCUGAAGCACUUAAAUUGUCCCUUUUUCUUUCUCUCCUCAUUUUUUCUCUUUACUGGCACUUUGUAUUUUUUUUUUUUUUUUUUUUUAGAA